CCGCGCGGAGGUUGCCGCGGUGACGGGCGGCGGGCGCGCCGUGCCCGCGGGAGGGCCGCGCGUCCCGCGGGAGCGAUGGAGCCCAGCCUGGCACGCGUGGAUUACCUGCAGGUGGGAGUCACGGCGCAGAAGACGAUGAGGCUGCUGCCCGCCUCCGGGAAGAAGUCCACGCAGAAGGUGGUUGUUGGAGAUCAGGAUGGGGUCGUUACGUGCUUUGGCAUAAAAAAGGGGGAAGCUGUGCCAGUGUUCAAGACGCUACCAGGACAAAAGAUCUCCAGACUGGAGCUGGGAGGAGCUCUUAAUACACCACAGGAGAAAAUUUUUGUGGCUAUAGGAUCCGAAGUCAGAGGUUUCACAAAAAGAGGGAAGCAGUUUCUUUCCUUUGAAACUAACCUUACUGAAAGCAUCAAAGCUAUGUACAUUUCAGGAGCAGAUCUCUUUCUCUGUGCAAGCUACAUCUAUAACCAUUACUGUGACUGCAAGGACCAGCACUACUUCCUGUCAGGAGAUAAAAUCAAUGAUGUUCUCUGCCUUCCUGUAGACAAAGUGAACUGCAUCACACCAGUGCUUGCAUGUCAGGACAGAGUGCUCAGGGUGUUACAGGGAUCUGAUUUGCUGUAUGAAGUAGAACUUCCUGGACCACCUACUGUUCUUGCUCUGAGCAAUGGAAAUGGGGGUGAUUCUGGGGAAGAAAUUGUGUAUGGGACUUCUGAUGGGAAAUUGGGUGUCACUCAGAUUACUGGUACCAAGGCAAUACCAAGGUGGGAAAUUGGAAAUGAAAAGAAGAGAGGAGGUAUUCUGUGCAUUGAUAGUUUUGACAUUCUGGGAGAUGGAGUUAAGGAAUUACUUGUUGGACGAGAUGAUGGAAUGAUAGAGAUUUAUAGCUUUGAGAGUGCUGAUGAUCCUGUCCUUCGACAUGAUUAUGCUUUAUCAGAGACCAUUGCAUCAAUCCAGGGUGGCUGUGUAGGAAAAGAUGGCUAUGAUGAAAUUCUAGCAGCAACAUACUCAGGCUGGCUGACAGGACUGACUACAGAACCUGUCCAUAGAGAAGUUGGAUCAGGUGAAGAACUUAAAUUAAGUCAAGAAAUGCAGAACAAGAUUUCAUCCUUAAGGAAUGAAUUGGAACAAUUGCAGCUAAAAGUACUUCAGGAACGGGAGAAAUACCAGCAGUCCUCUCACUCCAGCACUGCAGUUUCCUCAGUACCUGCCUUCAGUGUGAAUGACAAGUUCACACUGAACAAGGAUGAUGCCAGCUACAGCCUCAUCUUGGAGGUGCAGACAGCCAUAGAUAAUGUCUUGGUGCAGAGUGAUGUCCCACUAGACUUGCUGGAUGUGGAUAAAAAUUCUGCCGUUGUUAGUUUUAGCAGCUGUGAUUCUGAGCCAAAUAGCAACUUUCUUCUUGCAACUUACAGAUGCCAAGCAAAUACUACAAGACUUGAACUUAAGGUUCGCUCCAUUGAAGGACAGUAUGGGACACUUCAGGCAUAUGUAACUCCCAGAAUCCAACCAAAAACCUGUCAAGUUCAUCAAUAUCAAAUUAAGCCACUUUCACUUCACCAGAGAACUCAUUCUAUUGAUCAGGACAGGCCUAUGAAUACACUGAUUCUCAAAGGCCAGUUCAGUUUUGCUGAAAUUCACUCCUGGGUUGUGUUUUGCUUGCCUGAGGUGCCUGAAAAGACUCCUGCUGGAGAGUGCAUCACCUUUUAUUUUCAGAACACUUUCCUGGGAACACAGCUGGAAAGUACCUACAGGAAAGGUGAGGGAUACUUUAAAUCUGACAACAUCUCUACAAUAUCCAUCCUCAAAGAUGUGUUUUCCAAAGAGGCUACUAAAAGGAAGAUUAAUCUCAACAUGUCAUAUGAUGUAAAUGAAGAAUCUGUGAGGCACACAUUAAAGCUUAUCCACCCUAAAUUAGAGUAUCAGCAGCUGCUGGCCAAGAAGGUUCACUUAAUAGAUGCUUUGAGAGAAUUACAAGUUCAUGAAGGCAACGUGGACUUCUUGCUCCCAAAAUACCGCAGCAUUUUGGAAGAGGCAGAUCAGCUGCUUGAGGAAUACAAGAGACAACCUGCACAUCUCGAGAGGCUUUAUGGUAUGAUCACAGAUCUCUUCAUAGAUAAAUUUAAAUUUAAAGGCACCAAUGUGAAAUCCAGAGUUCCUCUCCUUCUGGAAACUCUGGAUGGCUGUGAUCAAGAUGGAUUGAUCGCUUUUUUUGAUGCUGCCUGACAAGGAAAAAGGAGAGUAAUUUUUCUGGUUUUAACCAAGGCAUUUCAGUAUCAAGUCAAAAACACUUUUACUCUUUUGUUGUACUGUCAGCUCCUAGGUUUUAUUAAUAUUUAUUAUCAUAUUGUAUACAGUAGUAAACUUCAUAUAAGCUGUUGUGUAUGUUAACUGUAUGCAGAGGUUUUAUGUACAGUGUUAAUAGCUCGAGAAAGAUCAGAUGUAAAUACCAAAUAUCCUUUUGGCAAAAAUGUUUUCACUACUGUUUAAGACACUAUGGAAUAGCCUGUCCCCCAGCUGUAAGAAUGGAUGAAGAAACUUGUUUCCAGAGGCUUGGAUGGAUUUGGAAGACAUCUGUGUGUUUCAGCUGUACCUAAUGUAGUUUUUCCUGUUGUGUUGAGAAGGUGGUGUGAGAAUUUCACCAGACUUAAUGUAGCUGGUGUGUGCAGAGUGGGGAGAGAUCCAUUUAAAGCCACAUUUGUUUAGUAAUGGAUGGCAUUAAACUUCCUCAGUGCUUCUCCA